UUUAUGCAAGUAAAUGCGCGCCCUCAGUAUAGACUGGUUAUUGCAGCGUAGCUGACUAGCUUGCUAUAUAACUUAUUGAUUGCAUUUCUAGCUAGGUCCAUCGUUUGGCUCUUUGAUCUUUUCUUGAAUUAAACAACAUCUCUAUAGAAAAAUGAUCCCAGAGCUGUCCAGUCCCUCAGUGUGUAUGAGGGACCCUCCCAGGGUGGAGGAGAUCAUCAAGACCAUGCAGAAGGCUGGCACCAGCAAGAUUCAGGUCAUUUCAGACUUUGACAUGACCCUCACACGGUUUGCCUACAAUGGGAAGCGGUGCCCUACCAGUCACAAUAUCCUGGACAACAGCAAGCUCAUCAGUGAGGAGUGCAAAGCACAGCUGAAGGACCUGCUCAACACAUAUUACCCCAUAGAGAUUGAUUCCAAACGGACAGCGGAGGAGAAGCUGCCCCUCAUGGUGGAGUGGUGGACUAAAGCCCAUACUCUUCUGGUGCAGCAGCGCAUCAGGAAAGACCUGCUGCAGGAUGUGGUGAAGGAGUCCGAUGCUAUGCUCAGGGAGGGCUACCAGCUGUUCUUUGACCACCUGCAGGAGCACAGCAUCCCUCUGCUCAUCUUCUCUGCUGGGCUAGGAGACGUGCUGGAGGAGGUGAUCCGCCAGGCCGGGGUCUUUCACCCCAACGUCAAGGUCUUCUCCAACUACAUGGACUUUGAUGAGACUGGAGUGCUGAAGGCCUUCAAAGGGGAGCUGAUCCACAUCUAUAACAAGAGGGAGGGAGCUCUGCUGAACACGGGCCACUUCCAGGAGCUCAAGUCACGCCACAACGUCCUGCUGUUGGGAGACUCUCUGGGGGACCUGACCAUGGCUGAUGGGGUGCACAGCAUGGAGAACAUCCUCAAGAUCGGCUUCCUCAACGACAAGGUGGAGGAGAGGAAGACGUCCUACCUGAAUGCUUAUGACAUCGUGCUGGUGAAGGAUGAGACCAUGGAAGUGCUGAACGCCCUGCUGCUCCACCUCACCAGCACCAAGUGACCUGGCCAUGAAAUUCAUCUCACUGGCCAAUCAGUAACGAGCCUUCCGACGCUACAGGAAGUAUGUCGUACUGGUUUAGGAAGCUCUUGCUCAGGAAGUGCCGGGUAGUCAGAUACCAUGAGUCAAGUCAGAAUGGUAUUGUUUUUGCUUUGUCUUUUACUAAAGCUCCAAUGGCUGUUUGUGUGGGCCGCUGGGAUGGAUCCCAGACUGUGUUUUGGAGUCUCCCUUCCACGCUCCUCCAGUUGAAUCCUUGUUGAACACUUACAACUUGAGAGCAACAUCCUUUACAGUCCUACAAUUUGAUUUGAUUUACUCGACAACCCUACUGUCACAUUCUGAAUUGUUUAGGAACCGUCAAUAGUCCCAACUGAAAUGGGACAGGAAAACUAGGUGACUUCCCCAUCUGGUAAAUGUGUAUUGGGUUCGUGGGGAGAGAAAUGUUACUGGUGAUAUGUCUACAUAUGAGGAAUAUGCAGUAGCAGUCAAAAGUUUGGACACACCUACACAUUCAUGGGUUUUUCUUUAUUUUUACUAUUUUCUACAUUUUAGAAUAAUAGUGAAGACAUCCAAACUAUGAAAUGACACAUUUGGAAUCCUGUAGUAACCAAAAAAGUGUUAAACAAAUCCAAAUAGAUUUGAGAUUCUUCUAAGUAGCCACCCUUUGCCUUGAUGACAGCUUUGCACACUCUUGGCAUUCUCUCAACCAGCUUCACCUGGAAUGCUUUUCCAACAGUCUUAAAGGAGUUCCACAUAUGCUGAGCACUUGUUGGCUGCUUUUCCCUUACUCUGCGGUCCAACUCAUCCCAAAUCAUCUCAAUGGAGUUGAGGUUGGGUGAUUGUGGAGGCCAGGUCAUCUGAUGCAGCACUCCGUCACUCUCCUUUUUGGUCAAAUAGUCCUUAGACAGCCUGGAGGUGUGUUGGGUUAUUUUCCUGUUGAAAAAUACAUGAUAGUCCCACUAAGCGCAAACCAGAUGGGAUGACGUAUCGCUGCAGAAUGCUGUGGUAGCCAUGCUGGUUAAGUGUCCCUUGAAUUCUAAAUAAAUCACAGACAGCAAAACACCAUCACACCACCUCCUCCAUGCUUCACGGUGGGAACCACACAUACAGAGAUCACCUGUUCUCACAAAGACACAGUGGUUGGAACAAAAAUCUCAACUUUGGACUCAUCAAACCAAAGGAGAUUUCCACCAGUCUAAUGUCCAUUGCUCGUGUUUUUGGUCCAAAGCAAAUCUCUUCUUAUUGGUGUCCUUUAGUAGUGUAUCUUUGCAGUAAUUCGACCAUGCAGUCUCCUCCUCCUGAUUCAUGCAGUUGAUGUUGAGACGUGUGUUACUUGAACUCUGGGAAGUAUUUAUUUGGGCUGCAAUUUCUGAGGCUGGUAACUCUAAAGAACUUAUCCUCUGCAGCAGAGGUAACGCUUGGUUUUCCUCUUCUGUGGCGGUCCUCAUGAGAGCCAGUUUCAUCAUAGUGCUUGAUGCUUUUUGCGAUUGCACUUGAAGAAACUUUCAAAGUUCUUGAUAUUUUCCGCAUUGACUGACCUUCAUAAUUUAAAACAAUAAUGGAUUGUCAUUUCUCUUUGCUUAUUUGAGCUGUUCUUGCCAUAAUAUGGACUUGGUCUUUUACCAAAUAGGUCUAUAUUCUGUAUACCACCCCUACCUUGUCACAACACAAUUGAUUGGCUCAAACGCAUUAAGAAGGAAAGAAAUACCACAAAUGAACUUUUAACAAAGCACAUCUGUUAAUUGAAAUGCAUUCCAGGUGACUACCUCAUGAAGCUGGUUGAGAGAAUGCCAAGAGCGUGCAAAGCUGUCAUCAAGGCAAAAGGUGGCUACUUUGAAGAAUCUCAAAUAUAAAAUAUAUUUUGAUUUGGUUAAUACAUGAUUCCAUGUGUUAUUUCAUAGUUUUGAUGUCUUCACGAUUAUUCUACAAUGUAGAAAAUAGUUGUUUUUUUAAAUAAAGAAACACACUGGAAUGAGUAGGUGUGUCCAAACUGUUGUAUGGAUCUAGAUGCUGUUGUCUUCUCUUUAUAGAUGAAAGGUGAAGGAGUUACGGUUUGUUUGUCAUGUGGGACAUAUCUUUGUCAUAUAAAGGGAAAGAAGACAGGAUAAAGGUCAAAUCUAACUGUACUUUUACUUUGUCAGUUUGAAACGCGAGUGUCUUAUCUUAGUGUUCUAUACACACUGUCUUUUUUUGUUUCGUAAGACUUUGUUCUCCCUUUUUUUCUUGAAAAGUGUCUAUUCUACGAGAGUGACUACAGUAAAUUAUGUUCAUGUUAGACGCUUAUUUACAUUCAGAUCUUAAUAACAGACUACUGUUUUAUGUGGAUGUCAUCAGUAUGGAAUCUGAUGAUACUGUGCCUCGGUAUUAUGGCAUAGGUUUGUGUGUGUGGCUACGUUUUAUACAAUGGACUUUUUUGGCGCCACAGUGCCACCGUGUGGUCAAAGUAAUAGUAAUUUGAGCCAUGUGUAUAUAUUGACAUUUACAGUAUCACUCCAUGCUGGUCUCAAAGAAUCCAUCCACCUUCAGCCUUAAUACAUUGAAAGUACAUGAGUCCUUGAAUAUUUGGCGUGUUUGUAUUUUCUCUGAAAUGCCAUCACUUUCUGUAAAACAGUGUAGUUUUGAUUAUGUUUGAUCUUUUAGAGGCCAAUAGUUGCGUUUUUUUUCGAGUCCUGUGAAAGUAAUGAUUGACCUAUUUGGUCUAUGGUGAAGAACAUCUGAAUAUUUAGUACAGAUGGCAAAACAUUUCAUUGCCACAUAACAGAGGUUUUUAGUUCUUGGUAAAGCCAUGGCAUCUGAUUCUAUUGCUAUUAUUAGUAUGUUUUGCCAAAUUAUAGUUUCACCCAGUUACAUGUUUAAAGAUUUGAAGUGGAACUCCAUUCAUAUUAAAUGGUGAUGUCACUGGUACAGUGCGCAAGAAUCGGGUCAUACAUUUCUCUUGUGACGUGUGUUACUGAGGGGACAGUGUGUCCACUACAUCCUCUACUGAGUGUCACUAGAUUGUAUUUUUUCGCCUGUAUGAGAUAUGUAGGCAUAACAGGAUAACCUCUCCACAACUGUAAAUAAAACGUGGCCACAGAA